AUGUGGGGGAUCAAAACCAAAUCUAGGGAGUGUAUCUCAGUGCACGUAGGCCAGGCCGGUGUACAAAUUGGCAAUGCCUGCUGGGAACUCUUCUGCUUGGAGCACAAUAUCAAGCCUGAUGGUACUACCUUGGAUGAGAAGACCAACCCAAGUUCCUACGAUGAUUCUUUUACCACCUUCUUCAGUGAAACUGGGAAUGGAAAGCAUGUUCCUCGUGCAGUCAUAGUAGAUCUGGAGGCCUCUGUUGUUGAUGAGAUCCGUGCUGGACAGUACCGCCACCUCUUCCACCCGGAACAGCUCAUUACUGGGAAGGAGGAUGCUGCAAACAACUAUGCCCGAGGCCACUACACCAUUGGCAAGGAAAGCAUUGACCUGGUGCUGGAUCGUAUUCGGAAACUGAGUGAUGCCUGCUCUGGUCUCCAGGGUUUCCUCAUCUUCCACAGCUUUGGAGGGGGCACAGGCUCCGGUUUCACCUCACUUCUCAUGGAGCGUCUAUCUGUUGACUAUGGAAAGAAGUCUAAGCUGGAGUUUGCCAUCUAUCCAGCACCUCAGAUCUCCACAGCAGUGGUUGAACCGUACAACUCCAUUCUAACCACCCAUACCACCCUGGAGCACUCAGACUGCGCCUUCAUGGUGGACAACGAGGCUAUAUAUGAUAUCUGUAGACGUAAUCUAGAUAUUGAGCGUCCUACCUACAUUGACCUCAACCGGCUCAUCAGCCAGAUUGUGUCAUCUAUCACAGCAUCUCUGAGAUUCGAAGGCGCGCUCAACGUGGACCUCACAGAGUUUCAGACCAAUCUUGUCCCUUACCCACGUAUCCACUUCCCUCUGGUUACCUAUGCACCCAUCAUAUCAGCCGAGAAGGCGUACCAUGAGCAGCUGUCUGUUGCCGACAUUACCAACUCGUGUUUUGACCCCUCCAACCAGAUGGUGAAGUGUGACCCUCGCCAUGGGAAGUAUAUGGCUUGCUGCAUGCUCUAUCGGGGCGAUGUUGUCCCCAAAGAUGUCAACGUGGCCAUUGCUGCCAUCAAAACCAAGAGAGCUGUCCAGUUUGUGGAUUGGUGUCCUACAGGGUUCAAGGUUGGCAUUAACUACCAGCCACCCACUGUGGUUCCCGAAGGUAAUCUGGCUAAGGUUCAGCGGGCAGUCUGCAUGCUCAGUAACACCACUGCUAUUGCUGAAGCCUGGGCCCGGCUGGACCACAAGUUUGACCUGAUGUACGCUAAGCGAGCGUUCGUGCACUGGUAUGUUGGAGAAGGCAUGGAGGAAGGGGAGUUUGCAGAGGCUCGAGAAGACCUGGCCGCAUUGGAGAAGGAUUACGAAGAAGUCGGAAUAGAUUCAUUUGAGGAGGAGAACCAGGGAGAAGAGUGAUUACAGAAGAUCCAAUAAAUCUAUCCAAACUCUCA